AUGAACGAAGUUCUCGCAGAGACCGAUUUGUUAGGAACUACAGCCACGAACGGAAUAACGACCUCAAACGGAACUAUGACGUGCAAGGAGCGAUGGACGUGUUCGUCGUGUACGGAAACGACAAUGCAGCUAUGCAGCUGGUUGGUUGCCGAACAAAUAUGCACGGACAAUACGGCAGUGAAAGUGCAAAGCCGGAUGAUGGUCACCAACGGGUCGUCCUGUCCAAAGUUUUCGGUCAACAAUAGGGUCAACGUAUUGAAUGACAACCAGAUUAUAAUGUCUACGGUUACGGUUGAUGACUGGAACAUGGGUGGUGGUUUUGUAAAUUUGUUAGCCAACAGCAGCGUCGUGUGUCAGUCGGGCAAAAAUACCUACAAGGCCAAGGUGGACGGCAACCAAAUCUCCUGUUCCUGGGAAUCGAAGCUAACAUCACUGUACCAUACCAGGUGCCAGCAGUUAGUACCGCACUACAAUCAUUUAUCGAUCGUGUUCAAUGGAAAAUUUUUGCGAUUCGACAACGUCAGCAACCACUAUUUGACCACGUACCCUGGGGGCGGCGAUUGCCCAAAAAUGGAGUGCCCUCAUUGUCACUGGAACAACGGCACUCACAGGUUUUAUUGUACUAUGUGUUCAGUGGAGAACAACACUUUCGCGGACACAAUACCGUACUGUGACGUACGGAAUAUUUCGAGUCUCUUGUAUUUGGAGACCAUCAACAUCCGAAACGAUGAAAGGUGUUCUAGCAAAGGUCCAGUUGUAAUUAAUUAUUCUGUAACUCCAAAAAUUAAUCUUCAAUCAAAAUUGUUCUUAAAUCCCGGGUCCGGCAACAGUCAAGUGGUGAACCACAGUUCUCCGGUCCAUCCAACAUUGGACCACGGUCAAGUGUUUGGCGGUAUCGAGUCCGGCAGCACCACAUUUUGGGUGCAUGGUCAACAUUUUUCCGGAUUGCGGAAUGUGAAGUUUUGCGUCAAAAAUAGAUACUGGUGCGGCAACUGUGAUGUCCGGAACGACACGCAUAUGGUUUGCCGGACUCCUAAGAUCAACAUCCAUCCGGAAGAUGCAUUUGAAAAUGAAUAUUAUGUGUUGUUUUUCGCUGAAAAAUCUAUUGGAAUAAAGUAUAACUUCAGUUUACCGGAUUUACAUUACCAGCGAUAUCAUGAUCCGGUUUUCACGGACUUCGUGGUUGACGGUUGCUGCAAUGUUACCGUAAAUGGCCUGUACCUGGACAAAGGUUUCACCGCUGAGGACUUGUCCAUUAUACUGGUCGGCGAAAGCUCGUCCUCUCGUUGUCAGAUCACUUCGUUGGACAGCACGCAGAUCAUUUGUAAGGUGUCACAGUCAUCGUCAUCUCAGUUAGGCACUCUGCCAAAACAGCUCAAUGUCACGAUAGGCGGCAAUCUGAAUGUCAUAAAACUGUCGAAACAAAAAUACAUUCAUUUCAAAAGUUUAUUGGCUCGGAUUUUAUGGCCGGGUGUCGUCACUAUAGGCGCGUUCGUUUCUUUCAUUGAGGUUCUAUGGGUGGCCCUCGUAUUUUUUAAGGCCACCAAGGAAUAUGACCUAUUGCAUUUACAUGGUGACCAUCAGCUUGCAAAAAUGCGACCGCUGGACGAACGAAAUCCCAAUGACUACGACGAAAAUGGCAAACCUGAAAAUAUGUGGUUGGUACGUGACGAAUGUCAUUAA